AUGACUUCCCCUGCUGCUGAACAUACCACUCGUGCCGAGAAAGUCGAGCUCUUUCUCGACCUUUCCGUCCUGCGCUAUAGCAUCGACCCGAGGACCGCAGAAUGGAGCGACCAGGAAGGCCACCCCCACGACUCGCCUGAGCGCUGGGCAAGAGCGGCACGCCUGCUGGCUGAAGACCCUAGCAUCGCACGCGACAGCAUCCACACUGCUGUCGUCGCCCACAAUGUAGAGCUCGUACGCGAGUUUCUCGCGGCCGACGCAGCCUCACCAACCACGUCCCAUGCCUUCGAUGGAUGGCAGCCACUGAUGAGGCUCGCGUACACGCGACUGCCUGGUCUCAAUAUCCUGUCGCCUAGUGGGCAGCCUGCUCCUACUAUCUCCAUGGGGUCAGCCCUGUCCACGACGACCAGCACAGCAUCAGCAGGAACAUACUCGUCGCCGGCAUUGGUCAUUGCAAAGCUUCUCCUAGAGGCAGGCGCGGACCCCAGCGGCGGCCCACUCAGAGGCGAUGCAAAGGGAUUCACGGCCCUGACGGGUGUCAUUGGUGGAGGGGAGGCUGACCAGCCAUCGCACCCACAUGCCGAGGCUCUCGCAAGAUUGCUGAUCCAAUAUGGUGCGGAGCCGUUGGACGGACAGGCACUGUACAACACGUCUUUGGUUCACAGGAGGCCAUAUAGAACCGGGGACGAUACCGCGAGCGGUGGAAUUGACCAAGCGGCUGGCACAAGAGACGACGAAGUUUUCUGGCUUAACUUCUUGUGGGAGGAGUGCAAGGCGCGGUACAUGGCGGACCGGUCCGGGGAUACGGACAAGACGAUGGACACUGAUGGUAUGGAGGACGCAGGGGCACACGUCCGAGAGCGCUGGCAGGCGCCUGUGGCCAACGGCACCCUGCCAGCGCCGCCGCUCGAAUAUCUCCUGCGAAGCGCCAUUUCACAACAUCAGCCUAAGCGCGUGGAAUGGCUGCUUGAGCACAGCGCCGAUGCCGGCACUAGCAUCACACCCAGCGUAGGACAAACGGGCACCACGAAUGAGGAUGAUUAA